AUGUCGAAUCUCUCGAAACUGCAAUUUGAGGCUCUAGAUAUUUCUGAAAAAAAUUAUUUGGCUUGGGCCCUUGAUGCUAAAAUUAACUUAGCUGCAGAAGGUGAUGGAAAUGCUAUCAAAACAGGAAAUAAUGCAUCAGAACAACAAAAAGCAAAAGCUUUGAUAUUCAUUCGCCGUCAUCUUCAUGAAGGCCUGAAAAAUGAAUACCUUACUGUUAAAGAUCCUCUUGUGCUGUGGAAUAAGUUAAAGGAGAGAUAUGAACAUCAGAAAACAAUAAUUCUCCCCACAGCUCGGUACAAUUGGAUACACUUGCGGUUGCAAGAUUUCAAAACUGUAAUUGAUUAUAAUUCUGCAAUGUUUCAAAUUACUACUCAACUAGAGUUGUGUGGAGAAAAGAUAACAGAUGCUGAUAUGUUAGAGAAAACCUUUUCUACUUUCCAUGCCUCUAAUAAUAAUCAACUCUUAAUGAAAAAUCAUGAGGCCCGUCCCACCGGUGCCGCUCCAUUCCCAGAAGUGAAUGUAGCUUCACACCAAUAUGAUGACAGUCGUGGUCGUGGUCGUGGUCGCGGUCGUGGUCGCGGUAAUGAUCGUGGCCGCGGUCGUGGUCGUAAUCAUAAUCAUAUUGGAAUUUUUAAGAAUUCAUAUUCUCGCCAAAAGCGGCAAAAUCAUGAAAAGGGAAACGGUGGACAGAGUAGUAAGAAUAAUGAGAAUAUUUGUCAUCGCUGUGGAAGCAAAAAUCAUUGGGCUCGUACCUGUCGUACACCCAAACAUCUGAUCAAUCUCUAUCAGCAAUCACUAAAAGAGAAAAGGAUUGAAACUCAUUUUGCUAUCGAUGAUGCUGAUGAAGAUGUUCAUCCAAAUUAUGGUAAUAUGGAUGUCACUCAUUUAGAAAUUGGUGAUUUCAUUGAUGAUCCAAAUGGAAGAAUUGAUCACCUUAUUGGUGAUGGUAGUUUCAAGAAGUAA